AUGGAAUCGAUAAGUACACCCUCCCGUCCUAUAUCGAGCGAGCAAUUUCAGUCGUUGAGGCAGCGAAUGGUGAAGGAAUCGCCUUAUCUGUAUAGGAAUAAGGUACUUUCUGAUCCUGGCAAAAAAUUUAACUCUUUAUUGAAAGAUGACUCAGCUUACGAAAGAGAGUGUGUUCCGCUGGAGGACGAACGUUUGAAUACGAAACUUUCUCCUAAUGAGAUUGCUCUGAAAAAGAAUGAAGAGAUGACUGAAGAUCUAGGGAACUUCGAAAAUCCAGUACUGGGGAAGCUUGCCGAGAGAACUGUUAACAAAGAGUAUGAGACGCAUACGAUAGUAGUGAAUCUAGUGGCGUUGGCCAUUUGGGAUUUGUUAAUAAAGUUCUAUAAGCUGUUCAUCGAUUAUACUAGAUAUGGCGAACGUUUGGUGUGCUAUUUGCAAGAUGAGCUAAUCAGAAAUCAUUUAAUGGGCUGGAGACGAUAUCUACAAAUGAACUUCCCGUUUCUUUUGAAGUGGAUCAACUGGUCGAACGUUGAUACUAUCUUUCAUCUAAUUGUGGUGUAUAAUGUUAUCCUUUCUUUGUGGAGACUGUUUUCCAAAGUUCGUGUCGAUGAUUUGAAUCUAACAGAAGCACAAAAAGAGCUACUGGGACUUGAUACACUUGUAAACCCCGAAAUAUCAAGGAGAGACUUCAUUAUCCAACGACCUUCAACAGUAACAAAACCUCAUGUUAUACUAGAUUCUAGGGCAAAUGAGAAAAACGGUGGGCCGGCAGAGGCUGUUUCAUCAUCAAAUGGGAGUACAAUUGCAAACACGCCAUAUCUUUUCAAAUCUUUAGAGACACCACUGAAGAAAAAACAAAAGGAACAGCAACAGGCGCAGCUACAGGCCCAAAAAAAUCAGCAACACCAGCAACUAAAUCUACACAGACAUGCUCAAAGUGCUUUUGUAAGUAAGGUAAAUGCAUUUGGUAGUUUGAGAAAUAAUAUUGUGGGCCCGAAUAAUUUUGGCGGUGUUCAAACCCCAGAAGGACGUACUGGCUACAUUCCCAGUAAUAAAUAUGCAUACAUGGUUAAUUCACCAUGCCCUAGGAGAAAAAUGUAA